AUGGUUAUAGACAGCGAUAUACUGUCUGCCAACGCACUGGCGCCAUCAAUUCGUUUCCCCUACGUCGUCGUCGCCGGCGCCGCGUCGCCUUUUCCUAGAGAGACCACUCCCCAAGAACAACAGGCAUGCGACGACCUUUUGUACUUGUUUUUAACAAUCACGUCUAAUAAAUUGUGUAACCGAGAGAAACCGCCGUGCAAAUAUUUCCAUCCACCGCAGCAUCUCAAGGACCAGCUGUUGAUAAAUGGUCGUAACCACUUGGCCCUAAAGAAUGCAUUAAUGCAGCAAAUGACUAUGGCUGCUAGUCAACAGAUAGUACCGGGGCAAGUUCCUACAGCAGUGGCAACGCCAACAGCAUAUUUGACCGGAAUCCCUGGCGCUAGUACCCAGGUCGGCAACACUUACACGCCAUACUUUAGCGCCGCCGGCCCGUUGAUUGGACCGACCACGAUAAUCACGUCAGACCCGAACAAUCCGCUGGCCAUGGCCGUGCAGCAGACAAUGGUCACACAACAGAAAAUGCCUAGGAACGACCGUCUAGACAUGGAUAUGAAAGCCGUUGGAACAUUUUAUUACGAGAAUUUUGCAUUUCCGGGAAUGAUGCAGUACAAACGAGCCGCGGGCGACAAGUCUGGAAUGCCGGUGUUUCAACAGAACACGGGAGCUUACCAACAAUUGCUUCAGCCGUUCGUGCCAACCGUAUCUUUUGCUGCACCACCGGGCAUCCCGAGGUAUUAA